CUUUCUCGACCUGCAAGUGAGCCUCAGCUCAGGUUACCCGCACAGACUUGUUUCGCGGUCUCUCUCUCUCUCUCUCUCUCUCUCUCCAUUUGUGUCCAAAUUAACAGGGGAAGGGGAAGAGGAAAGAAAAAAACAGGGGAAGAAAAAAAAAAAAAUCAAUUGAGGGAAUUUGAGGAUCAGUAGGCAGGACAACGUCGACAAAUCGCUAUCUCUCUCUCUUCCCCCCGAUCACUCAUCUCCCAAACCCACCCUUUACGACCUGCUGGCCACAAGCAGAAUUAUUCCGUCAUACCAAUCAAAGCCAGAGCGUCAAUUUCGUCUUACCUACAUACGUAGAUACAUACGCGCGCACACACACACACACUAACACACACACACACUACCUACAUCUGUCGCCAAUCCGGAUCACUUGGAACCUCCUUCAAACUUCACUCAUUCGACCUACCCUUUUGUCGUUACUCAUCUCCUCUUCUUCUUCUUUUUCCCUCCCCCCCUUCUUCCCCUUUUCAGGCAUUACCGUCACCGUCAGCAUUCAACCACCAUCGCGAUUUUUCAGAGUCUGGAUGCAGUCGCGCCUCGAGCCUUGGGUCUCAGAACCCGCACAAUGAUCGUCUACAAUGCUGGGCAAUACCUACGUUGAUGACAUACAAAAUGCAGUUCUUUUAUUCAGCAAUCCCGCCUGGUCAGGCGACCCUACCAUCCCGUCUACUAUCAUCAAGAACAUCACCGCUCUCUCCAGUGACAUUGCAUACUCUGCUACUAUAGGAGACAACAUAACGAUUUUGACUUCCAAGUAUGCCUCGACCGAGAACGGCAUCAUACAGGGCUUGCUAUACGUACCCUACCUGGACGAAGACGAUCCUUGCUUGGAGAUAGAGCCCAACUAUGUUCCCAACUCUGCCGUUCGUCAGGCCGACCUACCACCCUCCGACUACAACCUGAUCGCGCUCGUUCCUUGGUACGACCCGAACUGUACAAAGUCUUACUUGGCGUCUGUCUCUUCUGAUCCGAUUCGAGCCUUCCUCACCUACGUGCCGAACAACAAGUCCGACAGACCGCCAGGCGUGGAAGACAGGCAGUGGGACCUACAUGACCAUGGUGACUGGAGGUCGACCAGCAAAUUUCCCGUGUACGCUAUUUCAGGAGCCGCCGGUGGCGCGAUGAUGACUGAACUGAGCCUAUACUCUGGCAAUGUCAGCUCGGUGCCGUAUGGCGACAACAUCACAGCCCUGUAUAGCCCGGGCGCAAACGACUACGUACGGAUAUGGUCAGAGAUCUACGUCGCAACCCCGAACACGUUGCCGACCAUAUGGGUCUUCAUAUGCGUCUGCAUCGGGGUCCUGCUGAUCUUUGUUGCUCUCGUGUCCUGCCUGAUGCACUACACCCAGCACAGGCGACGAGUCUCACUCCAGCAGCGGGUCAUGUCUGGGGAGGUCAAUCUGGAGGCCAUGAAUAUCAAGAGGGUCAGGGUCCCCAUCGAGCACGUCGAGAAAUUCCCCCUCUUUACCUACAAUUACGAACCAAAGUCCACAAACCCGCCGACCUCGCCCAUAUCGUCCGGGCUGCCCGAGUUGGUGCGCAACCGAGAUGACGGUGAGGGGGCCGAUCAGUCCAGGCCUCUGUCGGAGAAAGCCGUGUCGCCCAGCCAGGCGGCGAGAUCAACUAUAACCGGACUUACGAUCAACAGCGUAUCGACUGAUUACCAGCCGAGAUGCAUGAUCUGUGAGGAGGAUUUCGAGAACCGCAUCACCAUCAUCAGGGAGCUGUCGUGCGGUCAUAUCUACCACCCGGAGUGUAUCGAUGAAUUCCUGAGUGAGAACAGCUCCCUGUGUCCGCAGUGCAAAGCAUCCAUGCUCCCGAAGGGAUACUGCCCCGAGAUCACAAAUGCCAUGGUACGGCGUGAAAGAGCCUUACGGCGGCUCCGCGGCUCCAUUACUGUAGAGGAUGCAGAGAUGGAGAGUCGACCGAGCAGGUGGAGGGGUAACCUUCGGAAAAAGAAGCUAUUCCGUCCCAGCAACAGCGCGGCAAAUGCCGUGUUAGAAAUACCAUCCCGUCACAGCCCGACAGCAGAGACGCGUCUGCGGAUGCGUGACCUGGCUGGCGUCGAGUCAAGUGAUGGGCAGAGCUGGGACGGACGGCCGAGAUGGAAGAAAAUCACCAAGACUAUGUUUCCUGGCUUUCGAUAGUGUUUUCUUUUUUUCUCCUUGCUCUGGUUGGAUUCGGUUCCAAUUUUUUUUUUUUGUCCCUCACAGAGCUGUGAUGCAAUGAUACCCCAACGCAACUUUUUAUACAACGAUUUUUGGAAGGCAUUGACUACGGCGUUCAGGAAUACAGCGACACUGGAAGCCGCCACUGCAGGUUAUGCGACAUGGACGUCUAUAGGGUUGCUUGUGCAAUCACGGUUUUCAACAAAGGCAGACCACGGAAGGGAAAUUUAGCAUAGGUUCUUGACCGACGCAUCUUGGGCGUAAGAGAGGGGGCAAGUCGAAUUUGACUUACCUAAAGGGAAGAAAAGGCAUUCGAGCAACCUGAUAUGGCGUCAGUCAGGUAUUCUCGGGUUCGACUAUAUAGGCAUCGCCCGUAUUGGCUAUGGGCUGGAACAUCCUGGUAAAAGCCGGAGACGUGCACGGCUUAGAAGGGACAUAUUGCUUUACUACGGCAUAGCAGCGUCCUGAUGAUUUGCAACAAUUUAACUAGUUCGAAUUCUCC